CGUGAAUUGGAUUUUCUUUGGUCCUUUUGCUUGGCUGCUAACAAAGUUGAAUUUUCUCACCUCUUAUCCAAACAAUAAUUGUUGUUUAAAUUUUGUCAGAUCAUUAGUUGACGUAGAAAACAACACGACUCUCAGGUCUCCUCUAACCUAGCAUAGUUUGUAAUGGAAGCUAUGGAUAUUAUGUAUUCUCCUGUCUCUGUUCAUUCAAAUUAUUCAAUGCUAUCUUCUUCAUUUUUCGUCUAUUUAUUUAGUCUGUUUCCGAACUACUUACAAUAUCACAUUUUCAAGCCACCAUAGAGUGCUUUCUGAUACACAAUCCCUGUUGUUCUGUUGAUCUGCAAUGGCGAAAACUGUUAUUGAUCACACAUUCUCUUAUGGUGGCUCACAGCAUAUGCAGACUCAGCAAGAAUUGCCUUUCAGGACCAAUUCAGGGUCCAUGAAAGUUUUGCUUUUACAUGGUUUUCUUGAAAUAUUUGUUCAGGAAGCUAAAAACCUUCCAAAUAUAUAUCAUAAAACAUCAGGGAAUGUGCUUUCCAAGUUGACUACCAAAGUAACCAAGAAAAUUGAAAGGCAUGUAAGCACCAAGAUAACCACUGAUCCAUAUGUCACUGUUUCAGUAUCUGGUUCUGUAGUUGGCACAACCUUUGUCAUUCCUGAUAGUGAAAAUCCUGUUUGGAUGCAGCACUUUGAUGCUCCAGUUGCGCAUUAUGCAUCCGAGGUGCACUUUAUUGUUAAACACAAUGAUGUUCUCGGGUCAGAGAUUGUAGGUGCUGUGGGAAUUUCAGCACAACAGAUAUGCAGUGGCAUGAAAAUUGAAGGCAGAUUUCCGAUUCUCGGUGUUAAUGGAAACUCGUGCAAGCCUUCAGCUGAAUUGAGCCUGUCGAUUCAGUUUACACCUGUCGAACAAAUUGCUAUUUAUAAGCAUGGAGUAGGUUCUGGUCCUGAUUAUGAUAGGGUUCCGGGUACAUACUUUCCCCUUAGGAGGGGUGGUAAAGUUACACUUUAUCAAGAUGCUCAUGUUCAAGACGAUAGCCUACCUAAUGUGAGGCUUGAUGGUCAUGUCCAGUACGAACAUGGAACUUGCUGGCUUGAUAUUUUUAACGCUAUUGAUCAGGCUCAACGCUUGAUCUACAUCACUGGGUGGUCUCUUUACCACCUUGUUAGAUUGGUUCGAGAUGGACAGGAUGGAAAGGAUUGUACAUUAGGUGAUCUUCUUAAAGUAAAAUCUGAGGAAGGUGCGAGAGUCCUUCUCCUCGUAUGGGAUGAUCCUAGUUCUUGGAGUAUUUUGGGUAAUAAAAUGGGAGGGGUCAUGAAAACAAAUGAUGAGGAAACUCGUCAAUUUUUUAAGCACUCUUCAGUAAAAGUGCUACUUUGCCCUCGAUCUGCUGGAGAAGGACACAACUUUAUGCGAAAGCGGGAAGUUGGAACAAUAUAUACUCAUCACCAGAAAACAGUGACAGUGGAUGCUGAUGCUGGUGACCAUAAAAGGAAGAUCAUAGCUUUUGUUGGGGGCCUUGAUAUAUGCAAGGGCCGGUACGACACACCAGAUCAUUCUCUUUUCAGGACAUUAGAAACUGUGCAUCGAGAUGAUUUCCAUAACCCCACAUUAGCGGAGUUCGGUGUUGGUUGUUUGAGACAACCAUGGCAUGAUUUGCACUGUAAAAUUGAAGGCCCUGCAGCAUAUGAUGUCCUCAAAAAUUUCGAGGAACGUUGGUUAAGGGCUUCAAAACCUCGUGGGAUUCACAAAUUGAAGGGUUCAUCAUUUGAGGAUUCAUUGCUCAGAUAUGAAAGAAAUCCGCAAAUCAUCGGGAUAGCAGAAGCUUCUUGUCAGGAUGAAAAUGACCCUGAGUGUUGGCAUGUUCAGGUUUUCCGUUCAAUUGAUUCUAGUUCGGUCGAAGGAUUUCCGGAUGACCCAAAGGAUGCACCAAGCAGGAACCUGCUAUGUGGAAAGAAUGUACUCAUAGAUAUGAGUAUACAUACUGCAUAUGUUAAGGCGAUCCGUGCAGCCCAAAGUUUCAUCUAUAUAGAGAAUCAAUACUUCAUUGGAUCAUCAUAUAAUUGGGAUGAUCACGAGGACUUAGGCGCAAACAACUUAAUACCGAUGGAGAUUGCUCUUAAAAUUGCCAGCAAAAUUAGAGCAAACGAGAGGUUUUCUGCUUAUAUUCUUAUCCCCAUGUGGCCAGAAAGUGUCCCUACAGGCUUUGCUGAAGGGAGUAUUCUGUAUUGGCAGUCGAAAACGAUGCAGAUGAUGUACGAAACAAUUUACAAGGCUUUGGUGGAGAAAGGACUAGAGAAUACCUUUGAGCCGCAAGACUACUUGAAUUUCUUCUGUCUAGGCAAUCGCGAGGCAUUUGAUCCAGAAAACAGUUGCAACAAUGCUCAAGAUCCAAAUGCUGCAAACAAUCCUCAGGCAUUGUCUCAGAAGAACAGAAGAUUUCAGAUUUAUAUUCAUUCCAAAGGAAUGAUAGCGGACGACGAGUAUGUAAUAAUAGGAUCUGCAAAUAUAAACCAACGCUCCAUGGCCGGUACUAGAGACACCGAGAUAGCAAUGGGUGCAUAUCAGCCUCACCAUACCUUAGCAAGCCAACACUAUCAUCCACGUGGGCAGAUAUAUGGAUAUAGGAUGUCACUGUGGGCAGAGCAUAUUGGAGGUCUAGAAGAAUGCUUUGAGAAACCGGAGACUCUCGAAUGCAUAAGGCGCGUAAGGUUCCACGGUGAGAUGAAUUGGAAACAGUAUGCAUCAGAUGAAGUAACAGAAAUGAAGGGUCAUCUCCUAAAGUAUCCGGUCGAAGUUGAUCGAACAGGCAAGGUCGGAGCUUUACUAGGUAGUGAAACAUUCCCAGAUGUUGGUGGUAACAUAUUAGGCUCAUUCACAGGCAUUCGAGAAAACCUCACAAUCUAAGGUGCUGCUACAAUGUUAUCUAUGCUUAGUGUUUCUGUAAUGGUGUUACGUAAUAUUUAGGUUAUUUAGUCUCAUAGGUGGAUUGCAUGAUACUAAUUGGUUAUCUAAAAAUGUACAAAAUUAUAUUUUCAUUUGUUGAGUGUUACAAAUAUAGUUGUCUAUGAUACUCAAUUGAGUGAUAGUAUAGUUUUCUC